AUGGAUCAUUUCUCUUCAAAUAAGUUUUACCAGAGGCUAAGAGGUGAGUUUCCAAAGGUGGCCUGGAGGAAAAUGGUAUGUAAUAACCUUGGACUGCCCAAAUGGAUCUUUGUAUUACGGCUAGCAGCUCAUGGCAAGCUAUAUACAAGGGAUAGACUAAGUAAAUGGGUGAUGACUAGCGAUACAACAUGCCCUUUGUGUGGCCAGGAAACUGAAAGUCACUCCCACUUGUUCUUCGCAUAUGAAGUGGCUGCUCAAGUCUGGCAUAAACUUCUCAAAUGGAAAGGUAUCAACAGGAGGCCUAGGAACUGGGAAGAUGAACUACAAUGGGCAAUCAAGUUUGCUAGUGGAAG